AUGGGUAAAAAAAAAGGAAAGAAGUCUUCUGCUGCUGCUAAUAAAGCUCCUAAAAAUUCGAAAGAUACAGUAACUGAAACCCCAGUUAUCGAAAGACCUGUUGAAGAGACUGCAAACGAUAAAAUAGAACUUAAAGAUGAGUCAGGGGAGAAUUUGGAUUCUCUUGAUGAUUUGAAUGAGACUACUGAAAAUUUCCAAAAUGAAGAAAUAACUAGUGAGAAUCCUUCAUCAGAAUUCAUUCCUGUUAAACCGGAGGCUCCAUUUGACCAGGCCAGCGCUCAAAGUUCUGCGGAAGUGAAGCCUUUAUUCGCCGACGAAUCAGGGCAAGAUGAGAAGACUGAAUCGAAAAGGGAGAAACUGGUGAAGCCCGAAGAACCUUCUACUCAACCUCUACAUAUUCAAAAACCUGCUACUCCUGUGACGCAAUCACCAGUUCAAGAUUUCGGUACAUUUAAACCAAAUUCACCACCUCCGGUUCCAUCUCGCAGACCUGCAUCCAGCACUCAUGGGCAACACAAACAUGAAGAAGAAAAAUCUACUGAUGAGGCUUCUUCACCUUGUCCUAAUCCACUGCCUAUAGAUACGAAUGCAGGAGUCUCGAGAUCAGGUAGUUAUUCCAGUAAACCUACCUCUCCACGUCCUAAACCACCCUCUGUAGAAGGAUCUCCUGUAUCAGAAGCUGCAUUCAAAGGAGCUUCCAGUGGAUUUUCAUCAGCACGUCCAGUUCCACCUACGCCUACAGUGGAUUCCCCAUCUGCCCCCGGUAUUAAUGCACAUAAAGAAGAACAUUCCAGGAAACCUAUAUCACCAGCUCUUCCACCAAGGAACUCGUUGCAUAGUACUACAACUGUUAAAGAAUACUCACGUCAUGAUUCAGAAGAAGUACCGGGAUUAAGGUCAUUCCACAAAGUACCUACUAAGGAGAAAGAUAAUCAAAAGCCCGAACAAAGGGUCCAUAAUAAUGGCUUUGGAGGUUUAAACCUUGUGUCGCCCACUCCGAUUACUCUAUCAGAGGAAACACAAAUGCAAGAAUCAGAGGAACCUAAGACAGCAGGUAUGAUGAACAUGGAUCUGAACGAUGCUACAGAAGCUGCUACGCCGGAAAGACUAGCUACACCUGCAAAAUUGGACAGAUCUAAGGAAUUUGAAAAGAGUGUAGGUGAAGGUGACGCAAAAGGUAGUCUAACGUCACACGUAAGUCCCAGCAAAAGACCAGAAACUCAGUCCCCUAUUUCACCACCUCUACCUGCAAGAGGAACCUCUAUCAAAAGACGUUCAAUUCCACCACCAUUAGAACAGGAGAUGCAAUCUGAUGAAUUUAGGAAAAGUUUGGCUUUUGCGCAUGCUCGUGAUACAAAGGGGACACCGCCACCGAUCAACCGGUCAAAGAGACUUGAGUCUGCAGCUGAGAUCAAUUUGAUUGCAAAUAGGUUUAAGGAAACUCGCCAAUCAUAUCAAACUGAAGAUGAGGCCUCGAGGGAGAACAUUGAAAAGGGACAAAGUGCAUUGAAAUCUUCAUUCUCUACAUUUUUGGAAAGUCUUCCAGCUACACCAGUAACGCCCAGUGGUAAAUUUGAAGAUCCUCAAACGCCAGAAUUAGGUGUUACACCAAGUGCUCAGACAGAAUUGGGGGAAGACGAAUUACAUCUUCUAAAAACCGAUUGGUCCUUUUGGACUCAAGUAGUCAAUGAUUUUGGAUCUGUAGCUGCUAAUCCUGAGAAAUUAGAGCAAAAAAUUACCGAUGGUAUACCACAGCAGAUUCGCGGUAUCAUCUGGCAAUUAAUUGCAAAUUCCAAAUCUGUGGAAUUUGAAGUUAUUUACAACACUUUACGUGAUACCGAAUCACCACAUGAGAGUAGUAUUCGUAGAGACAUGAAGCGUACUAAGUUUAUCCCUGAAAACAAAUUUGAGAAUCUUUUCAAUGUGAUUAAAGUUUAUUCUGUUUUUGAUCCUGAUGUUGGUUAUACUCAAGGUAUGGCCUUUAUAGUCACACCUCUAUUGUUAAACACAGAUACUGAAGCUGAAGCAUUCGGUCUCUUGGUAAGAUUAAUGAAGGGUUACGGAUUGCGUAGGAUGUAUUUGCCGGAAAUGCCGGGGUUAAUGUUAAUGCUUUAUCAGUUCGAUAGGUUGCUUGAGGAGAAUUCACCACAAUUGUACAACCAUUUAACCAGACAAGGUGUUCGUUCAUCCAUGUAUGCAACACAAUGGUUUUUAACUUUCUUUGCAUACAAAUUUCCAUUAGAAUUUGUUUUAAGAAUCUACGAUAUUGUAUUUGUGGAGGGUAUGGAAUCCUUCUUAAAAUUCGCUGUGAAUUUAAUGUUAAAAAAUAUUGAUAGUUUAUUGGACUUACAAUUCGAUAAACUUUUAGAUUUCUUAAAGGAUGAACUAUUUUUCUACUAUUUGAAAGCUAAUGUUGAACAGAGAAAGAUGGAGACAGAUGACGACGGUUCCGUAUUCAAAAAAGAAAUUAGCUCUAUUGAGUCACCUCAAAAGCGGAUCAGAACCGAGGAUGAAGAAUACGAUGUAGAUCAGUUUGUUCACGAUGCUAUGAAUCAUGUACACAUUACUCCAAUUUCGUUACGCAGGUACGCUUCAGAAUACGACGAAAUCCAUGAAAUUGAACAACAGAAAGAAGCCCAAUAUGAAUCUAUGAGAAUUAAAAACCAGCAAUUACACAAGGAAGUUCGUAAAUUGGAAAGCAGUUACACGCUUCUGAACAGAGAGCAUGUUGACAUUGCCAAUGAAUUGAUUAAAAACCGACUUAAAAUUGAGACUUUAAGUGAUGAAAACAAUGAUAUGAAGAUUACUAUUCUCGAAUUACGUAAACAAUUAGAGGAAAUUGGUAGAAAACAAACAUCACCAUCACCAGACAAUGAAUUACCGUCUGAUAUUAGACAUGAUUUGAACAGAACUAUUAAGCGUAAUGCAGAAGUAAUGAAUGAAAAUUUAAGGUUACAAGAUAGAGUUACUGAAUUGGAAAGAUCAUUGGCAACUUUAAAGACUAAGCAAGUGGUUUCGGCUACUAGCAAUACAGCAGGUAACACUCCAAAGUUAACCAACGGCUGGUCUGGAUUCAAGAAAGUCUUUAAGAAAGAGGAAGCCAAUCACCCUAAAUGA